UGGGUGCUGAAGUAUUUUCUAACUAGAAGAAAGAAUCUGACAGCACAAUGUUGGAUUGCUUAUAUUACUUUGAUGAUUUUGCAAGACAUCUUUGCCUUUUGUUGGAAAUGAAGCGCAAAUCAGUUCUCAGGCUCUUCUUCCCUACUUUUCAGCCUUAACCCUAUUUGCAUCUUCUCCCCCUCCUUCCUUUUUUCUUUUCCUUUCUCCAUCCCCUUUAAGUUGUAAUUCAAUCUCUUCCAACUCAUGAUCUCUUUUCUUUUUUUGGCACUCCCUCCACCCUCUCUCUCAUUAGUUUAACUUGAGUUAAUUAGGAAUAGUAGGCAGCCCUCAAUCUGUUAUGUGUUAAAACAGAACAAUCCAAAACAGAGGCACAGACACAGCUACGCGAUUUCAUUGUCUAAGGGAGACAGAAAACCAGUGGGGAUUCUCUUAUCUAGACUAACAUCUUCCCAAUGGUUAAUCUAACUGGCUUUAAAAUGUACCGCAAAUGCAGAUCUGGGAUAACAAUCUUUCCCUGUUUCCUUUUCUUUCCUUUUUUUUUUUUUUCAUUUCAUCAUCGGCAAGAAUGAGUGAAUUGGAUUGACAUGGAGGUGAUAGAGGAAGAGAAAUAGUCUACACGUCAAAAUGACAAUGUAUAUUACAUGGUUAACAGAAUGAGUGGUACGUGCAAUGGCUGCGGGUAUUUUCAUCUACUGUGUUGUACAAUAAUCUCCUUUUUUUUUUCCCCUAAGUGUAUCAUCAAGAUCACUCGCAAUUCCAUGCAGAUUAAGUGUUUGCUUGAAGGAUCUCUUUCUAAGAGUAAUAUCGUUUGAUAAAUGUGAAACUGAAACAAGUAUUCACUUGUUGCUGUUACUGAAUUGUGUAUAUAUAGAGGUCAUGCCUGGUAUUCUGACUGUAGUGCUGAUCACAGACCUUAGGGCAGAGCGUGCUGAGGAAGUGAAAUAUACCAGAUCUAAGAAAUCAAGUCCUGAUUCUGAAGCUGCCUUCAAGUACGUGAAGAACUCUACAUUAAAUCUGGGCACCUGCCUGCUGAGAGAAAGCAAUUUUACAGGAACAUCCUCAAACUUCUCAACUGAAAACAUGAAGAAGCAAGGUUCAGACAGCAAUUCUACUACAGUUAUGCCAGCUGUGCCAGAACCAAUCAAAGAUCUGAAAAUUAAGUACACCAAGAUAUUUAUAAACAAUGAGUGGCAUGAUUCGAUCAGUGGUAAAAAAUUUGCAGUCUUUAACCCUGCAAAUGAAGAGAAAAUCUGUGAGGUUGAAGAAGGUGACAAGGAGGAUGUAGACGAGGCAGUUAAAGCAGCUAGAAAGGCUUUUGAGCUUGGGUCACCCUGGCGCACAAUGGAUGCUUCGGAGCGAGGAAGGCUCUUGAAUAAACUGGCUGACUUAGUUGAAAGAGAUCGGCUGAUUUUAGCUACAAUGGAAGCCAUUAACGGUGGGAAACUCUUUUCCACUGCCUACCUAAUGGACUUAGGUGCCUGUAUCAAAUCAUUACGCUACUGCGCAGGCUGGGCUGAUAAAAUCCAUGGGCGUACUGUUCCAAUGGAUGGAAACUUUUUUACAUUUACAAGACAUGAGCCUAUUGGUGUGUGUGGCCAAAUUAUUCCUUGGAACUUCCCAUUGGUUAUGUUCAUGUGGAAGAUUGCCCCUGCCCUUUGUUGUGGAAACACUGUGGUUGUCAAACCAGCAGAACAAACUCCACUCACUGCCCUUUACAUGGGAGCCUUAAUUAAAGAGGCAGGAUUUCCACCUGGAGUUGUGAACAUCGUGCCAGGCUUUGGACCCACUGCUGGAGCAGCAGUUUCUCACCACAUGGAUAUAGAUAAAGUAGCUUUCACAGGCUCUACAGAGGUUGGCAAACUGAUUAAAGAGGCAGCCGGAAAGAGCAAUCUGAAGAGAGUUACCUUGGAACUUGGAGGAAAAAGUCCUAACAUUAUAUUUGCGGAUGCAGACUUGGACACCGCGGUGGAAUUUGCACAUAUUGGUGUGUUCUAUCACCAGGGACAGUGCUGUAUAGCAGGAUCUAGAAUUUUUGUGGAAGAGCCUAUUUAUGAUGAGUUUGUUCGCCGAAGCAUUGAAAGAGCAAAGAAGUAUACUCUUGGGAAUCCUCUGUUGCCUAAUGUACAGCAAGGCCCUCAAAUUGACAAGGAGCAGUAUAAAAAAAUCCUGGAGCUAAUCGAGAGCGGGAAAAAAGAAGGAGCCAAACUGGAAUGUGGGGGAGGUCCAUGGGGAGACAAGGGUUACUUCAUCCAGCCCACAGUUUUUUCUAAUGUUACUGAUGAAAUGCGCAUCGCCAAAGAAGAGAUAUUUGGACCUGUUCAACAAAUCAUGAAGUUUAAAACUAUAGAUGAAGUAAUCAAGAGAGCAAAUAAUACUACGUAUGGUUUAGCAGCAGCAGUUUUUACCAAAGACAUUGAUAAAGCAUUGACAUUUGCAGCUGCUCUUCAGGCUGGAACAGUAUGGGUUAAUUGUUAUAGUGCAGUGUCUGCUCAGUGUCCUUUUGGAGGUUUUAAGAUGUCAGGAAAUGGACGAGAAAUGGGAGAAUAUGGACUCCAUGAAUACACAGAAGUUAAGACUGUCACAAUCAAAAUCCCACAAAAGAACUCGUAAUGCUUCUUGAGGUGCAGAAUCUAACAGCUCCAAAUGAAUCUGAAAAGACCAUCUGAGUUCUUAAAUGUUUUAUUGUCCAGAUGAUUCAUUAACCUUUUUGCUUUCUGAUUAUAUAAGAGGUACUUGCUUGCAUUAACAAUAUAAGGAAUAACAUAGAAAAGUUUAAUUUGAUUAAUUGUGAUAAGGAAUCUUUAAUGUCUGGUACAUAGCUAACUAAUUUGAAAAGUUCAUGUCCAGAAAGAUCUAUUCCUAUUUUCAGUUGAAGCUCUCUGUAGUGCUAUGAAAAUUUGCCUACUUUACAGGUACAGUUUGAAUUUUUGUGGUCUUCUAAAUGUUAGAUGGCAAGCUCUCCUUGCGUUUUCUGUUUUUUGUGGCCAUAACAAAAGCACUUAUGAGUAGUUAGCAGAUAGAUACUUUUCUGUAUCUUUCUCCAGAUGUAUUUCUUAGACGAUUAAAUUUGUUCAUGAUGCUACACAAAUGUAACGUGUAUAACAUUAAAAAACGUGUAUAACAAAAAAAAAAUUAAAAUUCACCUACAAAACCUACUACUUCUCCUUUCAUUAGACUUUUCUACUACACUAGUUUACUAAUAAAUAAUACUAAUAAAGAAUAGUUUACUAUUUGGCACUGUGUAGCACAGAGGCACCACUGGUGUGUUCAGCUCAUCAGACUUAUAUCUGCUAUAUGGAAACUAAAGUCCCCAGUAUUUUGUCAGUAUUAUAAUUGGAAGAAUAUGAACACACAGAACACUAAGCCAGAAGGGACAACACUUGGCCUGUGUCUGGUAUGAUCCAAUCACUAACCAUUCAUCUCUUAAAAGCACACUAGGGCUAGUCUGAAGCCAGUCGCCUCUGAAUGUGUGCUAUGUGGGUGGUUGGUUCUCCUGUCUUCCCGGCAUCCUUUGGCAGCACAGGACUGCAAAUCCUACCCUACUUAUGCUGCCUGCAACUGCAAGCCCAAGCAAAGAAUGACUGAAAUAUAACGCAAAAAAGGGAAAACCCAGCAUAAUAGAGGAGUAUAGGAGAAGGACCAACUCGACCUUUGCAUGCAUAUAUACAUUCUGUUUAGAAUGUCUAAACUAUUUUAAUACUGUUUUCAGCAACAUUGUAAAUGUACGGUUCAGUUCCUCUUUGACAGUCUUGACAGGUAAAAGAAAGCUUUCGAUGGUCUUGUUUUGUCAAUUUUAAUGUUUCAGUAUGAUCAAAAUGUAACAUCUAGUAGGCACUUUUAAGUUCCCAUUUUUUCAAAUGCCUUGAGCUUUGGAUCAAUCUGAUGACACACUGAAGUUGUUCACAAGAGAUGUCAGUGUAAAGAGAUAUACCCUUUGGCAUCCCUUACAAGCGCACACUAGUUCACAGUACAUGACGGUGACCAAACCAGAAAAAAAAUCAUAAUAUAGUCCCAUUUGUUCCUCAAUGCCAGUUUAUUGACUCAGAAACGAGGUCAGGAGGGGAUUUCUCUCCACAAUGUACACACUAUUAGUAAUAACACAAUGUAUCUGUGAGCACAAGAAUUGUCCUUUCAAAAUUAAGUGUCUUUGUAAUUAUGUUCAUAGUAUUAAAGUCUCCAACUGAUGGUGAAAUAUCUGCUAUAUGUCUUUCU